AGUAGCAGCAGCGCGGGUUGCGUAUGAACAAUAUUUCGCGGGAGAGCCAGGCUUUCUGCUGCUGUCAACACGGACAAUAACAGUUACUAAAUUCAUAACGCAAUGAGUUUGUGGGUGGACAAAUAUCGACCAACUUCCCUCGGGAAACUCGACUAUCAUAAAGCCCAAGCAACGCAGCUGAAAAACCUGGUUCAAUGUGGCGACUUCCCUCACUUGCUGGUGUACGGGCCCUCAGGCGCGGGGAAGAAGACCCGCAUCAUGUGCCUGCUGAGGGAGCUGUAUGGAGCCGGGGUGGAGAAGCUGCGCAUCGAGCACCAGACCAUCGUGGCCCCCUCAAAGAAGAAAAUUGAGAUUAACACAAUAGCCAGCAACUACCACUUGGAAGUCAACCCCAGUGAUGCUGGAAACCAGGACCGUGUGGUGAUUCAAGAGCUGAUAAAAACCAUGGCUCAGUCUCAGCAGAUCCAGUCGAGCACCCAGAGAGAGUUCAAAGUUGUGUUGCUAACAGAGGUGGACAGACUCACGAAGGAUGCCCAGCAUGCUUUGCGCCGGACAAUGGAAAAGUACAUGUCUACCUGCCGGCUCAUCCUCUGCUCUACCUCCACCUCCAAAGUCAUUGAGCCGAUUCGGAGCCGUUGUCUCGCUAUCAGAGUCCCUCUGCCGAGCACAGAAGAGGUCUGUAAUGUAUUGACAUCAAUCUGUAAAAAAGAGGGUCUGCUCCUCCCACCUGAGCUAGCGAAGAAUAUCUCUGAUAAGUCUGGACGCAACCUCCGCAAAGCGCUUUUGAUGUGUGAGGCCUGUAGAGUGCAGCAGUACCCCUUCUCCGCGGACCAGGACGUCCCAGAGACGGAUUGGCAGGUGUAUCUCAGGGAAACCGCUAAUGCCAUCGUGAGCCAGCAAAGCCCUCAGAGGUUGUUGGAGGUUCGAGCGAGGCUGUACGAGCUGCUGACUCACUGCAUCCCCCCUGAUAUCAUUAUGAAGGGUCUGGUUACCGAGUUGUUGAGUAACUGUGACGGCCAGCUGAAGACAGAGGUGGCCCAAAUGGCAGCGUUCUACGAACACAGACUGCAGCUGGGCAACAAAGCCAUCUACCACCUCGAGGCCUUUGUUGCCAAGUUCAUGGCCAUCUACAAGAAAUUCAUGGAAGACGGUCUGGAUGCCAUGAUGUUCUGAUUCUGAAUGGACUUAAAAUACUGGCGCUUUUCCUGGAAGGAUUUCAACAGCACUUCAACUUUCACUAUAGUGGUGUAAAAUAUUCCAGAAAAGAGCGGUUUUGAUAGAAGCACUUGCAGGCAAACAUUUGUAUUAUAAUAUGAAUCAAGAGAAAUAAAUGUUUUCAUACAAAUCUGCAUCAGAACAACAUAAUACAUUGCAUUGUUUAUUCAAAAGGCCUGGUGUUGCUCUAUGUAAAUCACCAGACGUGCAUUUUAUGACACGACACUAUCACUAUAAUACAGUCUGAAGUUGCUCAAAGGUAGAAAGGGAAACAUGGGGAGGGAUUGAGGGGGGAUUAAUAAAACUAAAGUUUCCCGAAUCUACCGGUAACUAUGGGUGCUUCAGGUAUAUAUAUUUUUGGUCUUAUACAACAAGAAAAAUGUAGUAAAGGUGCUAAUUCUAUUCUAACCUUAUGUAAGCAAACUCAUUUCAAAUUGAGCACUAAGAACAGUUAAACUCACGCACAAAAACUGCAUAAACAACAUUACAUUAAACGUGUAAAAUAGUCCGAUCAGAUGUUUUUCCGGUAUUAACAUCCAGUUUCAUCUUUUAAACAUUAUUCACAGGUUUCCUCCUCUGGAUAACUUCUGCUUUGAAUAUUAUGGGUAAACUAUUGGUUGGAGUGCAAGAGGUCU